AUGCAAUUGUCACAUCAAACAUUAUCUAUUUCAGGAUGGUUACAUGAAUAUGACCAAUAGAGUUCUCCUCAAAUUUAUUAAGUUGUGAAUUGUAAUUCAUUUGAUCUAUAAUAAAAUAAUAGAGAUAGUUAAUAGGAAACAAUAAUCAUAGAAAAGAAGUGUGAGUCUUUGUUAAAGAAGAUAAGAUUAAGAAUAAAAUAAAUCAAGUAUUUCAAUUUUUUUAUAGCUGAUUUAAUUGAUUAAAGUAGGAACAAAAGUUAAAUUUUAAGGCCUCCUAAAGUUCCAACUAAUCAAAAUAAAAUCUAAGAAUUAAAGAAAGUUAUGGAAUUUCUAUAAUAUAAUGAAUAAUACAAAUAUGAUACACAUAGAGUAUUCAAUUUAAAUGAUCCUAAAUUUUAACCAGAGGUUUAAUAAAUUAUUGAACAGAAAAAGGAAUAGUUUAAAAUUAGAUUAAAGUAUUUAUUAUUUCAAAAGAUAGUCAAUAAUAAAAUAAACGGGUAUUACAACCUCUUUAAGAAAUCAAUUCUACUAAUGUUUCAACAGAAAGAUAACAAUAAAGUAAAACAAAUAAUCAAUUCAAAAAAACUCGUUUGAAAACAGAUUAACAUUUAGAAAUUUAAAAGUCUAGCUCUAUAAAUAAAAUUUAGAGUAUAAAGGAUAUUAUGCCUAAAAUUUUAAAAACGAAUGAAACCCCUGCAGUACUAAAUAAAUAAGUCAUAUAAAGAGGAUUAGAAUUUUUAUAGUAAAUGGUUGAAAGACAUAAGGAAAAUGUAUAAUAUCAUUUACCGAAAAGAUAAAAAUGCUAGAAAUGA